ACUCGCAUCGCAUCCUGCGAGAAAGCACAACCAAUUUAGGCUACGGUUAUUUAUGAUAUAGGCCUAUUGUGUUUUUAUUAUAAUAAUUAUUGAGCCUUACUGAAUAGAAUAAUAACAACAAGCCAAGCGAUGACUGUCUUGUGCGCGCAUGUAUUAUCAGUUUUAUCGAUGUCACUCAGUCAAGGUCCACGCUCCCGAUGCGAGUAGCAAGACUGGAUUGCUUUUCUUUGGGCCGAGAAGAUCUGACUCAAACAUUUGGAUACAAUUCAAACAAAUUCCAUUAUUAAAGGGAGAAUUUGGGAUACUGAUUACUGUUCUACUCUAGAAUGGAAGCCCUCUGGCACUGGAAGGAGGUGGACGCUAUGAAAAGAGGAGAACUAUGAUUGUCGAAAAUAUGGAUGGAUGCAUGGAUUUGUGAAAAUGAAUGACACAAACGACAAGCGCGCCACGAUCAUGUCAUUUCAGAGCAACUAACGCGGAGUGCUGAAUAAAUUCCUUGCAUCAGACUGAAUGGAUUUUAGGAGAUUUACUAGGCUACAACCAGAAGACAAAAUAGGCAAUCAGAUUUAAAUCAACAACAACCUUUAUCAUAGGAAUAGGCAUAUUUGUGAGCUUCUGAAUAAUUUGGAAUCGCCCGUUAAAUGGUGAAAAAAUUAAAAUAAUCUCACUGAUAUUGCCUGUCACAGGGACAUGUACUUUACCGUAUAAUUUUCGUUUUUAAAGGUUAGUAAAUAUUGUAAUUUACAUACAUUGGCCUAUGCACAUUAUAUGUCACUAUAGUUUACGGAGUUGAACGAAAACUGUCAGUAUGUCGGCGGUAAUGAUGACACGGAAGGUACGAAAAUGGGAAAAGCUCCCGGGGAAAAACACUUUCUGCUGUGAUGGACGCGUAAUGAUGGCCCGGCAGAAAGGCGUCUUCUAUCUAACCUUAUUUCUCAUCGUUGGCACCUGCUCCCUGUUCUUCGCAUUCGAGUGCCCAUACCUGGCAAUCCACCUGUCCCCUGCCAUCCCGGUCUUCGCUAUCCUCCUCUUCUUCUUCGUCAUGGCCAUGCUGUUGAGGACCAGCUUCAGUGACCCGGGGGUGUUGCCGCGCGCACUCCCCGAGGAGGCCACCUUCAUCGAGAUGGAGAUCGAGGCGACCAAUGGGAACGUCCCGGCCGGGCAGCGGCCUCCACCUCGGAUCCGCAACGUCCAAAUCAAUGGGCAGAUCGUCAAACUGAAGUACUGCUACACCUGCAAGAUCUUCCGACCGCCUCGCGCCUCACACUGCAGUAUCUGUGACAACUGCGUGGAUCGCUUUGACCAUCACUGCCCCUGGGUGGGCAACUGUGUGGGCAAGAGGAACUACCGUUACUUCUACCUGUUCACCCUGUCCCUGUCUCUGCUCACCAUCUACAUCUUCACCUUCAACAUCGUACACGUGGUGAUGCGUUCGGUGAACUCUGGGUUUAUGAAGACACUUCAGGAUACACCUGGGACUGUGCUGGAAGUGCUGGUGUGCUUCUUCACCUUGUGGUCAGUGGUGGGACUGACAGGCUUCCAUACAUACCUGAUCUCCCUCAACCAGACCACCAAUGAGGAUAUCAAAGGCUCGUGGUCUGGAAAGAACCGGGUGCAGAACCCCUACAGCCACAAGAACAUCAUCAAUAACUGCUGUGAAGUGCUGUGUGGGCCUGCAUACCCCAGUGUCUUGGACAGAAGAGGGCUGAUGCAGGAUGAUUUGCCUGUUCCCACAUCUGCUGCCGAGCCUGCCACCAACAGCAAUCCAGUGCCACAGACCACAAAAACUACAGCUCCACUCAUCCCCAACGAGCACACCCCUGACGACGCCAAGCCCAGCAUGGCAGACUCUGCCAUCGCCCACGCAGAGAAAAGAAGCCCCUCCCCGAGGGAGGAGAAGACGCCCACUCUACCCAAAUCCCUGCCCACUCCCACGAAAGUCCCGCCCUUGGCCUCACCUGAAACUGACGCGGAGGCCUCCAUCAUUAUCGCCAAAGAGAAGGCACUCUAGCUGCGUGGUGGGGGUGGAGACUCCUUCCUUGCCCCUCCCACAGUCACAACAUUUCUCUAAAACGCUCUGUCUGGACCUGUGAGGGAGACACUUUAAUCAGCUUUUGUAUGAGCUAUAUGAGUGAGAAGCAUCUGCCUGUAAUGAGUGGAGAAUGACUGCAAGGCUCUGACUCCCUGCUCAUUCCACCAGAUAUGCAGAGUUGGUGCCCCCACCAAAGCCUGCAUCCCCCCUAACUCAAUGACUGCGGGACUGCUUGAUUGACAUUCACACUCCAGAAGGAUGGGGGGUUGGGGAUUGGGGGAUGGUGGCUCAGCACCUUUCUCGUUCCCCUGAACAUUGCAUGGAAAAACACAGGUGAUGGGGAAACUAAGAACUGUGAGCCCACUGGAUGCAGAUUACCGUAUAUCCUGAGUAGUGUGAGGCUGAGGGGGUCCUAAAAUGGAUACCGUACCCAGGCGCCUCUGGAUCGUGGCUACCUGUGGACUCUUGAUUGUUAAUGCUACUGUUUCUCUGUCUUUUUGUUUUUUAAUGUGAAAAGCCAGUUCUAAAAUACUCUUAGCGUUGCAAAAUGUCUGACAAAGACACUUGUGUUGUAAAGCCUCUUAACACAUCCACACUAUUAGUCUGUUCUCAGAACCACACCGAUCAGGCCCCUAUGCAAUCCAUGGGAAGCUGGGCAAUUGGCACAACAGCUAUUAGGAUGAUGAGGAUAUAAGGACUGACAGCUAGUUUAGGGUGUGUUGAACAGUAAAACAUGGUGGAGAAAGGAAACACUAACCAUCGUUUAUGGUUGAGAUAAAGAGGCAAUAUCUCAGAGCCACCAUGUUGUCUCUCUUCCAGUAAGUGAUCCUAAUGAACAUCUCUAGAAAUGUUGAGAUUAAGGUUCUGCCUCGGCUACUACCCUUCCAUUUUAUACUGUCACACAGACACACACACCAGAGUUGGGGCCGUCAUUAUAAAUUCAGUCAAUUCAGAGGGUAAACUGAAAUUCCUCAGACAAAAGGUCAAAUGAUCUUCUGGCAGACCGUUUCCAGGGGUACCCUCACAGAGUUCCUGUAUCUAGCAUUAGAAGCAGACACUUUGCUAGUGUCCCAGAGGGUGUGUGUCAGUGUGUGUGUGUCAGUGUUGGGGGCAUUUUCAUUUCAAUUCAGUCCAUUCAGAAAGUAAACUGAAAUUCAUAUUCCAAGUAAAACAUUUCUGAGGAAUUUCAGUUGACCCUCUGAAUUGACUGAAUGUAUAAUGACGGCCCCAACCCUGGUGUGUGUGAGACAGAGGCCUGAUUGCUGUUGACAGUAGACACUAGUUACAGUGCCUUAUCAAAAAGCUGCGCUAUCACAUGCAAAUAUAUACUAUCUACAGAGACCCUUAGACCAGGUCUAGCUAGAGACCCUUAGACUCCAGGUCUAGCUACAGAGACCCUUAGACUCCAGGUCUAGCUACAGAGACCCUUAGACUCCAGGUCUAGCUAGAGACCCUUAGACUCCAGGUCUAGCUACAGAGACCCUUAGACUCCAGGUCUAGCUACAGAGACCCUUAGACUCCAGGUCUAGCUACAGAGACCCUUAGACUCCAGGUCUAGCUACAGAGACCCUUAGACUCCGGGUCUAGCUACAGAGACCCUUAGACUCCAGGUCUAGCUACAGAGACCCUUAGACUCCAGUUCAUGACUCAGCACUCCAAAUCGUACAUGCCGACUGUAAAUAACGUCCCUUUUUAUACAGUUACCAAUGAGACUUAGAGACAGCAGAAAAAUACGAAGUAAAGCCAUUGUUUAAAUGUAAAUACUAUAUGUAGGUGUUGAACAAACUAUUGGAUCUAUUGCUGAUGAAAAGGGAAGAUUGAGAGAAGAGAAACAGGUUGUCUCUGUUUGAGUGUGUGGCCAGUGUUAGAUAUUUGCCUGUGAAUGAACGUCCACCCUGCUGCUUGCAAGUCAUGCAACUUCUGAAUUUCUCCUCUUAGCUUCCACUGUCAACUUGGUGUCCUUGCUGCUUGUCAUCAUCCACAUAUUGCUGAGGACAGCUUUCAUUAUCUCCAUUCCUCCUUCUCUUCCUCUGUGUUUCCCAGGGAGGAUAUUCAGUACACCAGCCACCUGUGGAGGGCUCAUUAUCAAACUGGAAAAGUGAGAGACGUGAGCUGCUUUCUCUCUUCUCUUUCUCAUCUGUUCAUUUCACACCAAAUAUCGCAGAGGAUUAUGAGGGUUUGUGAGAGGCGGGCGAGGUGUGUGAGAAUUUCAGCUGCUUUUCAACUAGAACGGACAGGAUUCACAAAAGAUGGUCAGUGAGAAUGGGGUGAUAUGUUAAACUGCUAUUGGUUGACAAUUGAGAGAGUUUGUAUUACUUGUUGUGUUGUGUGUAAGGCAGAGUAAUUGUGAUGUAUACUUGUAUAGAAAAUCUAGUAUAACAACGUUGACAGUCUUUCAGCCAUCUGAUACGCCCAAGAUGAUAAUUUAUACAUGACCAGAAUAGAAUAAUACUUUAAUAAUCUGAUUUAAUUAAUAUAAAGGAUUGCAGCGCUACUGUACAUGGCCAAGCAGUAUGUUUUAAACUUUUAAUUUGAUUUGAUUUCACAAAUAUUCUCAUUUCCAGUGUAUUUGAAUUAGGAAUGUGAGUAGGGGAGUUACUAGUUGUUACAAGUUACACUCAAUAACAUUACAACAGUAACCCAGACUUUAUCCUGAUUUGAACUAUGAGUUAACACAACCAUCUAGGCCCUUGCAGUGUUUUUAUCACUAUUUUACUUGUGCUGAGAAGGUGUAGGGUGAUCAGCGUUUCCUUAGACACUGAUCUUGAAUCAGUUUAGAAUUUUCCCUACUAAUGGUUAGGAUUGUGGGACGGGAAGCUGAUCCUAAAUCUUUACCUAGGGGAGAUUUCACCCCAGAGCUACCGAGAAUAUAAGCCGCCUUGUGAAACAGACAACCAAGGGAUGUUUUAAUCAAAUAGUGGUUUACAUUAUUUCCUGAAUUUGUAUGUAUGCAUUGAGAAGUCCUUUCAGGAAAUGUCUUCUAUUUUAAUAUUUUUCUUUUCUCUUUUUGUUUUUCAUCUUUCGGAGCAGUUCUUAAGCCUCAAACCAAUCUUCCUAUCAAUUGAAGUUGAAGAGUUUUUGUCCCUGAAUAGUAUUCGGUUCUGGACAGUUGUAAAGAUUCUCUGUCAAUAGAUAAUUCCCUGUUGUAUUGCGUCAAUGGAGAGUGCGACUGUAUUGGUGAUUGUGAUUAACAAAUGAAAAGGGGAAUGUUCAUGUUAUAGUUUAACCUGGUUGUAAGCUAAUUGAACGGAUCGAACCCUUGUACUAUUAAUGCUAUCUCUAUGGGCAUAUAGUAAUAUUACAUACAAUGACCUGAGAUGUUUGGAAUUGCUUAUCUUAAUGUUGAGUUAACGUUUGGAUGUAUGAUUUGGAUUUAUGAUGUUAAACGUACACUGAGGGUCUCCGAUCUGAAGGCUCUGAUCUAGAUAUGACAGUACAUAAUGCAUAUAGUACAGAUACAAUACCACUGAUGGAAUUUUAUUUCCAUUUUUAUUUAUGUUCACUUUGUUUAGUAAUAACACUGUGAUUAUUUAUAUUUCAUGAUAUUUCCCUCACUUUUUACAUGAUUGAUUGGCGUAUCUGGUAAUUAAAUUAUAUUGUCUUAUUAA